AUGGCUGACUUAAAAUGUUUGGCGUUUGUUUCAUUGUUGUAUUUAUUUAAUUUAGUUAAAAGUUCUAGUUUGUGCACUGAGGAAUUUUGUAGUGCAUUCAUAUCCGAGACAGGCUGCGCAACUCCAGCUGCCCAUUGUAACAUCAAUAAUGCCACGCAUUUUGGCGUUAGAAUGCCAUCACCUACCGUUUGCAACUGCUGCGAAUUCUGCCUACCCCUUUUUGCUGAAGGACAGACCUGCACUUUGGGUGGUCCAGGUAUGGGCACCGCGAUAGGGCGCUGCGGAGACGGCCUCACUUGUGCUUUAAAUACUACUGAUGGCGUGACGCGGUGUGUUAGAAUGAGUUCGCCCUGCCAUACAUUACAAGAGCAAUACGUCCAACUUGAAGCUGAGGGGACACUAGGAAUGCUGGUAAUAAGACCAAUGUGUGAUGGAAGGGGGAAACACGGACCUGUGCAGUGCGUAAACACACAAACAUGUUUCUGUCAGUCAGAGGAAGGCGAAAGAAUAUUUGGUGAAGCGUCAUACCUGGGCCCAAGUACUUUGAGGAAUAUGCAAUGUGCCUGCUCACGUUUGCACGAAAAUAUCGAGAAGAAUAUAUCUCCUGGAAUGACGGCACCAGUCGUAGGUCCUCGAUGCACCAUCGAUGGAAACUUCAACCCCGUGCAGUGCCUUAACAGAACUUGCCAUUGCGUUAACCCCGUCACUGGGAUUAUUAUAACUGAAAUCAAAAGUAUAAACUUGGACACCCAUCCUAUCACUGAAUUACCCUGUUAUGACCCUCUCUUAGACAACUACUGGCAAAACAGUCGAGGUGAUCCUCCCUUCAAAUACACUACAACUUGUAUUCAAAACAGAGAUGAAAGGGUGAAUGCUGUCUUGCAGAGUAUAGAAGAUGGAUUUAACGUUGAUUUCGGAGGAGGAUUCACCAGAUGCUAUCCUGACGGCACCUACGGACGGUUGGGUCAAACAAUGACAGGAUCCAUUAUAUGUCUUGAUGAUCGUGGUCGGAGGAUCCGGAACUUCGAAGCAAAACCAGGGACCGAAGAUUUUCAUAAUACUGAUUGCAAAUGUGCCAUGACGUCGUACCUAAUGGGAGCAGCACAUGAAAAACCAGUUUGCUGUAAGAAUGGCAACUUCAGAAGUAUACAAUGUCGUCGUGGUUUAUGUUACUGCGUGGACUCAGACGGUAGACAAACAACAAAAGAAAACUCUGAUGUUACUCGGCUAUCUUGUUUUACUCCUGAUUGGAGGGAUUGUUAG